UUAUGGUUUUCCUUGAGAUAUUUCGAGAAGAUUUGAGGAGGAGUUUGUGAAAUCCAUAUGGAGAGUUUGCUACAGAAACAGGUUUUUAACAAUGGAGUUCAGUCCUUCAACUAUCAAUGGGUUUCCACAAAUCGUCUUCAAUUCAAGAAUUAUCUUCUUAUAAACUCGAAAAACAUGAUUCGAAACCGGAAUCGCGUAUGUUGCACAAUGUUGUACAAGAAUGCGGCUACGAGCAAGGGCAAGAACCAUUUGAGAGGUAGGGUUUGGGCAGUGAGGAGGAGGAGAGUGCAUUCGAACUCGGAGACGUACGUGUUGUUAGAAGCGGGGCAAGAGGAGCAGUUCGUGUCGGAGGAUGAGCUGAAGGAGAAGCUGAGAGGGUGGCUGGAGAGCUGGCCGGAGGGUUCACUGCCUCCUGAUCUGGCAAGAUUCCGAGACAUCGAUGACGCCGUCGAAUAUUUGGUCAGAUCUGUCUGUGAGCUCGAAAUCCAUGGCGAAGUUGGUUCGGUCCAAUGGUACCAAGUUCGUCUCGAGUGAUGUACAUUGCUUAGGGUUUUGUUUCUUUUGUAUGAAAAAAAAACCCUUCUUUAUUAACAACCUAGAAGGUUGCAGAGACGAAGAAGAAGGAAAUUUCUCUCUUGAUAUGUAUUUUUCAAGUGUUACUAUUUCUGUAUACAGUGCUAGUGCUUGUAUAUAAAGAAACUAAUCUAUACAUGUAUGUAACCAAAAAGAAAAUAUCAUUAUCCAAGAUAGUU